AUGCCACUCCACACCACCACCACGACCUCCUCCUCUUCAUCAGCACCCAACCAUUCUGCUGCUACCGGUAAAAUCAAUUCAAAACCACCCACUCCUAAACCCAACAGUACUGAAUCACUCUUCCCACAAGAAGAUCUAGACGCCCUUCUUGAACAAUUCAAAUCGUCUUCCUUACCCCUCUCUUCUCGAUGGGCCGCUGCAAGCGAGAGAAAAGAUUGUAGCGUCACUCCAAAUGCCCAGAGCCGCGAUGGUGGUGGUGGUGAUAAUGAUCUUGACCAAGGGGGUGACGGUAGUGGACGAUCGUUCGUUCAAAAGGAUGCGAAGCCGUUUACGGUGUUGGGACUUUGGAGACAUGCGUGGUUUUUCGCUGCUAAAGCAAAAGAUUUAGCAACCGACAUAGCCAUUCAUCACAUCCUAGGCCCCCGUCGACCAACCUGGGGUAUCGAAAUGACGAUUCUAGCUUCUCUCGCCCGUGACUUAGCCUCCAACACGCACCUAGCAGACGUCUCCGUUCUCCGAGCCGCCACGGCGAUAGGAGGUUACUUGGCCGCACCUUCCGAUGCGUUCAUCACGCCCGUGACGUAUAAAGUGAGGAAGAGAGGGUUGAAAGGGUUUUUGAAAGUGUGGGAUGAGAAGGAGGAUGGGAGAAGAGUGUUGGAUGGUGAAUGGGUCAUUGGGAAGAGGUUGUGGGGGAGGUUACAGAGGGAGUGGAGAAGUGCCAGUGUCAAGGGGAAGGAAGGGUUUGGAGAGAGGGUGAAGGUGAAGGAGGGUCAUCGUGUGAAGGCUAAGGAGAGGGUUGUUUUGUAUAUUCAUGGAGGAGCCUAUUACAUGGCCUCCGCCUCAUCCCACCGUAUCGUCACCAUCGCGCUCUCCAAAUCCCUCGACGCCCGAGUCUUCUCCAUCAACUACCGACUCGCCCCCGAUACGCGCUUCCCAGGCGCCGUUCACGAUUCGGUGGUCGCUUAUCUCAGGUUGGUGGAAGAUUUGGGGAUACCGGCUGGGAACAUCAUUUUAGCGGGGGAUAGUGCUGGUGGAGGGCUAUGUCUUGCGCUCAUGAUGUAUUUGAGGGAUGAAGGGUAUGAGAUGCCCGGUGGGGCUAUUUUGAUGUGUCCUUGGGCUGAUUUGACGAUGUCUUGUGCGUCAUGGGAAACGAACGCAGGCCUGGACAUCGUCACGUUCCCUACGGACCCCGAGGAUCAUAUGAACCCCGUGGCGUGUUACUUGGGACCUGAGGGGAUGAAGAAAUACAUCACUCAUCCGUAUGCGAGUCCGUUGUUUGGGGAUCUCAGGGGGUUACCGCCUCUGUUGGUUCAAUCUGGGGAUUGUGAGGUGUUGAGAGAUGAGGUUACGCUUUUAGCUCAUAAGGCAGCGUUGGCGGGAGUUAAAGUCACGCAUGAGGUAUAUGAGGAUGCGAUUCAUGCAUUCCAGUUGUGGCCCUUUUUGGAUCAGUCCCGAAAGGCGAUCCGUUCGUGUCGAUACUUUGUUCUUCAUACCCUUCCGGAGAUACAACGAGCUGAGGCCGCGGCUAAAUCGAAGGUGGCAGGAUCAUCUCCUUCACCGUCGUCGGCUCCUUCAUCUUCUGAGAGGCUCGGAGAAGGUGUGGAGGCUUCGCUCGAGAGGGAGAUUGAGGGUGGUGGGAGGAUUUUGGUGGUGGAUGGGAUGGGGGAUGUCGAGAGGAGUUUGGGUGAAGGUCCAGAAGGGGAACGUGGGUCUAGUCUUGAUGAAGUUGAGAAGCGAAAGGAGAAAGGGGAACGGCGGGUGGAGAAGAAAGGUUCGGAGUGGGAUGGAGAUUCUGGGGAGGAUGAGUAUGAAGAUGAAGAUUUCCCGGGAACUAUUAGGUCUUCCAGUGGAACGACGAAGAAGUGUGAUGAGGUGGAAGAGAAGGGAGAGGAAAGGGAGAAGGGAAGGGAGGAAGUCAAGGAUGCUGUCGUGGAGGGAGAGGCUGUUAGUGAUGCUGAUGCCUCUUCCUUGCGGGAGUCUUCUAUCCUUACACCCACUCCAGACAAGGGAGAAUCUUCGCUCUGGAAAUCAUUCACUUCGAGGUCGUUCUCGAGUAUCCAAUCAAUUGCCCCCUUCUCAGCGACGAUAACGCCUUCAUCCUCUACUUCCACUGCCACUGCCGAACCUACUAACGCGAGGACACCUAACAGGGCACGUUCUGGUUCCCUCACUCAUGGAACGACUCGUCGAUUUACCCGACUCAGUUCUACGCCUGGAAUCUGUAUGCCAAUGCCCAGUGCUACGACUCUGCAUGACCCCUUUGCUAAUACCACUACCACUUCGAUGAGUCCUGCCACCGCCAAUGGUACGACGAUGACAACACCCGCCUGCAGCAGCAGCAGCAGCAGUGGUGCUAGUAAUGACAUGUCACCGAGGGCACGAACGACGAGUCAUCCGGAUAUGGUAAAGUUGUUGAAAGAAUUCGCGAUGACUGGACCUGCGAAUGCGACGAGUACGUUUGGGUAUCGAUACGUUGACGGUGAUGGGUGA